CCCAGGGCCAGCGAUGGCUUCGUCCCCGUCCCAGCAGCUCCGCUCGGGGGGCCGCGCGCGCUCCUACGGCAGCCUGGUGCACACCUCCUGCUCCCCGGUGCUCGAGAGGCGCCUGGAGCACCCGCUGCAGCCCGGGGACACGCUGGCAGGCCUGGCGCUGAGAUAUGGGGUCACGAUGGAACAGAUUAAGCGAGCGAACCGCCUUUAUACCAACGACUCCAUCUUCCUGAAGAAAACCCUCUACAUCCCCGUCCCGACAGAGCCCAGAGACAUCUUCAAUGACUUGGAUUCCGAUGAGGAGAAGGAGGGACAGGAGGGGAAGGACACUCGACUGCACUCAACAGAGAGGACGAAGAUGAGUCAAGGUGCAGGCGGCACCAGUGGGGACACUGUCACCCCCCCAGGUCGGGUGCCCAGUUCAGAUCUUUCUGCCUCUGACUUCCUCAAGAAGCUUGAUUCCCAGAUCCACCUGUCGAAGCAGGCCGCUGCCCAGAAGUUGCAGUGUGGGGAGAGCGGGAAACUUACAGAAGAUCCAGUGCAGCCCCUGAACUCCCCCCGAAUGCAGCAGCGUGCAGUGCUGGGGCCUGUGCCUUUGACCCGGACCUCUCGAACCCGGACACUGCGAGACCAGGAGGAUGAGAUCUUCAAACUCUGAAGUCCUUGCCCCCACCAUGGGAGAAGCGCCCACAGGGAAGCAGCUGCUGGAGAGGGCCAGGCGCCUCUCUUCUAGCCCUCUCUGGACCCCCUGGUCACUUGGAACCUUGAGGCCCUGGAUGGGGCAGAGCUAGUGGCCCAAGUGGACCCCAACUUGGUUGGUCCUCACUGAGUGGAAAUCUGCCGUCUGAACUCAGAUGCUGAACAUCCCAGCUGCCUCUCUCACCCCUUGAUCUUAGUUAAGGGGUUCAGAGCCCCUUUCUUCCUCUGGCCUCCUACUUUCUUUCCUCCCUGUCUUCAACUCUAAUUUUAUUUAUUUGGUGCUAUAUUAAAGUACUAUUUAUUAGC